UGCAAGUAUAUCAACAUACACAUAUUCUAUAGCAUUGAAUCUCAUAUGGGAUACAGAAAGACAAAAAAAAGCAAGAGGCAAUGUAAAGAGAAGGUGGGAAGGGAACCCAGAAGGAAGGAGGAUAGUAGUUAGUUGUAUCAUAGUAGUGCUGUUACUUCUCUGACAGAAUUAAGUGAGUAACCAUGAAUCGAGAAUGUUUCAUAGGGGAUCAGCUUAUACUUGAAGAGUACUAUGAUGAGGACUAUGAAGCCACUGAACAAGAGAUCCAUGAUUUUGCAAGAGAUAUUGGCAUUGAUCCAGUCUGUGAGCCCGAGCUCCUGUGGCUGGCAAAGGAGUGCAUCUUUGCUAAAAUGCCCUCCAAGUGUACCCCUUGUCAGGACACAAAAGGCAAUAUCUACUAUUUCAACUUCUCCACAGGUGAGUCCACCUGGGACCACCCCUGCAAUUUGCUCUACCACCACCUGGUUGCCCAGGAGAGGGAGCGCAUCCAGGCUGCUGCAGUAGGAACAGGAGCAAAAAUAGAGAAGGACAAAGGGAAAAAAAUAGGAUGGAGGAACAACAAAGAGAAAAAGGUGUCAUUCAAGACUCUCGGAGCAUUUACUUCAACCUUGAGACCCUUAAUGUCCAGCCUGAUUCACCUGCCUGCUCUGAGAGAUCUGGGUGCUGCUGGUCCUGGUACACUCCCCUUAUCGGUCCCUGCUGUCCAGGGGUCACUCAGUAGCUCUGGCAGGCUCGAGCCCCUCAAGACUAUCAAAAGGUGUCUUGGAAGCAACAUUGAUGACACAAUCUCAGACAAAAUCUCAGCAAAUGAGCUAAGUUUUUGUGGUUCAGACCGGCUGUUUAAGAACCUGUACAACCUUGGAAAAGGUCUUCAAUUCGAGCAAUCUGAAUCCAAUACAAACAUUGAAGUGACUUCCUCCUCCACUAAAUUCAAUCUGUUAGAGAUAGAUAUCCAUCAUCUGGUGGGUGCUGGUCCACUGGAGAAAGGUGACAAAGAGGACAAAAGCAACAACCAUAGCCCAGCAACCAGCCCUUCACCCUUCCUCUCCAGCCCCCCCAAUACAAAUAUUGAAGUGACAUCAUUAUCCAUUGAUGUCAAUCAAUCAGAAAAGGAUAUCCAUCAUUUUUUUUGUUCUGGUCCACCAGAGAAAGGUGCCAAAGAGAACGAGAAGGCAGCAAAAACAAAGACUGCAGAGGCUGUCAACGGGCAUUUGCUUGCAGGAGAUGAAAGCAGCACCCAGUCCAGCCCUUCACCCUUCCUCUUCAGCCCCUCCUACUCAGAGCCUGGCAUCCAGCUCCAACCUAAAGAUUAUCUGGGGCUUGUCUGUUCUUCGAAUGUCAAGCCUGAAGCUGCUAACUCCGUAUUACAAAACCAAGACAAGUUGGUGUAUGAAGAGCCAAGUUGGAGAACACGGACAAAUGGAGAGAGAGAAGAGAGAGAGGAAGAGAAGAAGAAGAGGGUGGCUGAUCAGGAGGUGCAGGAAGAAAGGAAGCAAUGUAUGAGGGCAAAUGAGAAACAAAUGUUUCUUCUCAAGGAGGAGCUGAGGAGAGAAGAGGAGAUAGAGGAAAUGAAACUGAAGCAGGAGAGUGACAAUAGACUAAGGGCUCUGCGACAGUGCCUCCUGUGUAAGAGGAGAGAGGAAGAGGCCAGUGUCACUGAGGAGUCUCACAGGUCAGUGACGAAGCUCAGAGAGUCUGUCCAGAAGGAGAUGAAUACACAAAAGCACAAGCUCAGGGUAGAGAGUGAAGCUAUGUUGAAAGAAUUGCACAUUGCUUUGGAGGAAGAACAAUCAGUGGAGUGUGACAGACUAUAUGCCCAGAAGAGGCAUGAGAAAGAAUGUCUGAAGGCACAGUUGGAAGAGGAGCUGCAAGCAGAUUGUAGAAAGCUCCGUAAAGAGCAGGAAGAGAAACUGAGCUCUCUGAAGAACGAGCUGGCACAUGCACUCCAGGAAGUACACUGUGAUCACAAGAGGAAGCUGGAGCAGCUGAGGGAGGACCACAAGAUAGAGAUGAACAACAUCCAGACUUGCCUGGAUGAGGAGACUGACAGGACACUGAAGGAGCUCAGAGAAUCUAUACAGAGGGAGAGAGAGAUGCAAAAGCACAAGCUCAGGGUGGAGGGUGAAGCCAUUCUUAAACAACUACAUGCCAGUCUAGAAGAAGAACAAUCAGCAGAAUGUGACAGACUAUAUGCCCAGAAAAGGCAUGAGAAAGAAUGUCUGAAGACACAGUUGGAAGAGGAGCUGCAAGCAGAUAGCAGGAAGCUCCACAAAGAACAGGAAGAGAAACUGAGCUCUAUGAAAAAGGAGCUGGUUGAUGUGCAGCGUGAUCAUGAGAUGAAGAUGGAGCAGCUGAGGGAAGAACACAAGACACAGAUACAGAAAUACCUGGAUGAAGAGAGGGCACAAAAGAAACACUUGCUGUCCAUUUGGGACGAGGACAGAGAGCAUAUCCACGCUUCCCAUGGUGUCCAACUGGAGAAACUCUAUCUGCAGCUCAACAUGCAGGUACAAGAGAAUCCGCUUGCACACUCGCAUAAGGAGUCUGAACGGCAUCAUCUGGCAUAUCACCCAGACCUGUUAGCCAAAUAUCUGAGGAGCCAGACAUCCUUGCUUGAUGAGGAGGUGGAUGGGCAGCAAGAUGUCUUACCCAGGCUGAUCCCGGAGAGAGACCAAUUGAGAGAGGAGAAACAUCAUGCCCAAGAACUUGACCAGAGAGUGACAGAAGAUAUGAGCACAGCUAAAGAGGAGAAGGAUGAGCAGCAGAAAAAGGAGAGAGCCAGAGUAACUGAUGAGGUAAUUAAAAAACUUCUACAGGAGGCCAGAAAUGCAGCAAAGCUGCAGCAGACAGUUGAUAUAGGGAGGUGUCUCUUUUGGAAAAAAGAGGGGCAGCUUCAGCAACACAAUGGGUCAGGAGUCAAAAACUCUUUGUCUGAGGGUCUGUCUCCACUGGUAGGAGAAAGGAGAUUGAAUUUUGAUGUGACCCAAGUUAGACACCAGCAGCACUGCAGUCCUAAAUGUUGGGACAACCCAGUCAUCAGAAGGUCAUCUCACAGUUCCAGCCAAAGACCAGGAGUUGACAGAGUCAUUGCAGCAGAAUUCAGGCCAGCUAAACACUGUCCUAAGUGCACUUGUUUCAACAGCUUGGAGUGAUGCACCUUACAUGGCUUUACCUUUGACGCUUUCAGCACCUUACUCCACCUCCUUCUCUAACGCAGUCAUGCAGUCGUGCCCCAGGUGACAUCCUGGGCCCCAGCUCCUAAGCCACAUGCAAAUUCAGAACUUUUGCCAAACGGAGUAGCUCUGGGAAGCUCUGCAGCUCUGGGUCAACCAUAAAUCCAGACACCUCAAGCCCAGUUAGCCCAGUUAUAGAAACACGGUUUUACAAGGUUGAGGUGAGCUAGAAGUUAGCAGCAAGCUAGUCAGUAAGGUGAUAUCUAAAAAUGUUAUGCCUGUACUAUGUUCAAGGUAAGGUUAAAAAAACAAAACAAAAAAAAAGGAUUAAAAAGAAAGAAAAUUACCACCCGGGUUAAUCCCAAAUGCUGUUAAUUACUAUAUCAGUGGCAAUACAGCUUGGGGUCAAUUGAUCUCACAUUUCUGAAUUGUGUACAUUGUCAGAAGUUUGGCCAACUCUUUGAAGUAAUUCUUUUUUUUUUAUAAUGUAUCAUCUUUUAAACCAAGUGUGUUAUAAUAAUGUAAUAUAUAUUGAGAAACAAAAUUAUUUUAGGCUAACCCAAAUUAGCUUUGAAAUUUAAUGUAAUGGUAUUAUGAAAACACAAUAUUGCCUAUGUCUAUAUUUACUGAACACUUGCUGACUUGCAUUGAAAUUUGUUUAAGCCUUUCAGUCACCUUUUAAAUUAUUAAAUUAAAUAAAUGUGUAUCAUCACAAUUUGCCUCGAAGGGAUUUACAGUCUAUACAGCAAGUGGCACCCUCUGUCAGACCACAAAAAACUUAUGUGUGGGGUAUCUCCCUAUUUUAACACACCUGAUAAAACAUAUGCUUAUAUCAAGCAGCCAGAGAUUGUUACAAAGUUCCUGUCUAACAGUAGCUUGCUUGGUGGCUCUCCAGAUGGAAUACUGUCUAAGGUCUGCAUGAUAGAAGUCAUGUGUCUGUGGUCAGCCAGAAACAAGACUACCCUGCAGGCAGCAGAAAGAUCUUUCUUAAGAUGGAUAAGGUGACCGAUUCUCGUACAUGAAAACAAACUCAUGAUGACUGGCCUGAGUUUCAGGGCGACAUACACCUGUGUGGAACGAACGGUU